ACUCGCCACCCAGCCACCCAGCCACCCAACCUGCCCACCUGCCGUAAAUUCCCUACCGCGACACAAGCGUAGUCUUUCCUCUACACGACUCCACGCCCUCAACAUGCGUCCCUUCGGCUGCGUCCUGGCGGCCUGUUUCCUCCUCCUGCAGGGGAGUGAGGCGGUGAGUUACUAUGAGCACUACGCACCGGACAGCGUGGUGAGCGAGGGCUUGGUGGCGGAGGGCAGCACUUUCACUCUUAACGGAAAGCCCAUCCUUAUCUUCUCCGGCGCCUUCCAUUACUUCCGCGUCCACCCCGCUUACUGGCGCGACACCUUCAGGAAGAUGCGCGCGGCGGGACUCAACACGGUGGAGACGUACACUCCCUGGAACCUGCACGAACCGCGUCAGGGGGAGUUUGACUUUGGCCAGCUUGGAGAAAGCAUGUCUCCUUUCCUGGACAUCCGCUCCUUCCUGCAGAUGGCGAAGGAGGAGGAUCUCUUUGUCAUCUUCCGGCCGGGCCCUUACAUCUGUUCUGAGUGGGAAUUCGGUGGUAUGCCCAGCUUCCUCCUGCGGGACUAUACGAUGCAGGUGAGGACGUACUACGAAGGCUUUAGGAAGGCCGCCGCAGCCUACUUCGACGCCCUGUUGCCUCUUGUGGUCGAUUUGCAGUUUACUCGCGGUGGCCCAAUCAUCGCGGUUCAGGUUGAGAACGAGUAUGGUCACUUUGGCUACGAAUCAGACCCUCGGGACAUGCUGUACCUGGAGUUCCUGAGAGACAACAUGAUCGAGAAUGGCUUCCACGAGUCUCUCUUCUUCACCUCAGACACGCCCACAGGCACACAGGACCUUGGUGCUAUUCCCGGAGUGCUAAUGACCGCGAACUUCAACAGUGACGUGGAGGAUAACCUAGACCUACUGAAGGAGAUGCAGCCCAACCGACCCCUCAUGGUCAUGGAGUUCUGGACUGGCUGGUUCGAUCACUGGCUCUCCGGCGUUCACGUCACCAUGGCCCCUGAACGUUACGCGGACCUCUUCGAGAGAAUUAUGAAGUACAAUUCCUCUAUCAAUAUGUACAUGUUCAUCGGAGGCACCAGUUUCGGCUUCAUGGCGGGAGCGAACACCCUGGACGUGUGGCCCAAGUACGCGCCUGACGUCUCUUCCUACGACUACGACGCGGUGCUGACAGAGGCUGGGGACUACACGGCUAAGUACAACCUGACCAUGGAGAUCAUCAAUAAGUACAACCCGCUCACUGGUAUAGUGGAUCACCCUACCCGCCCCGCAGCGCCCAAGACGGCUUACCCUUCAGUAGACAUCACAGAGGCCCUCUCCCUACCCACUCUCGUCUCUCAGCUCGAGAGCAUUGAGACCUUCGAGGGCCCUGUCAACAUGGAAGCACUGCCCAUCAACAACAACAACGGCCAGGCGCACGGGUACAUCCUCUACUCCACCAACGUCCAUCUCAAUCCUGAUGCCAAGCUCAAAAUCCGUGGCCACGUGAGGGACAUGGCGCAGGUCAUAGUGGACGGCGAGGUCAUCACCAAGCCUUACGCCAAACCAGGUGACGUCAGCGGGUUUGGUUUCUGGAAUGGAAGAGACCAAGAACUCACUCUGCCUGGAAGCAACGCCUUGGCAGAGCUGUCCAUCCUGGUGGAGAAUCUUGGGAGGGUCAACUACGGCAAACCCCACAAGUUCCACCAGAAGAAGGGACUGUGGGAGGGUCCUGUACUGGUGGAUUCUCUUCAGCUGGACGAGUGGAAGACGACCCCGCUAGAGUUCAAGACCAGCCAGAUCAAUAGUCUGACAGGUUGGUCUCCCUUCAACGGCUCCUUGUCCUCGCCUGCCAUGUACCGAGGCGUGCUGGAGGUGUCUGGAGAGCCGCAAGACACCUGGGUGGACAUGAGGACCUGGGGGAAGGGUGUUGUCUUCAUCAACGGGUUUAACUUGGGUCGCUUCUGGCAUCCCGGACCCACCAAGACGCUGUACCUGCCGGCGCCACUGCUGAAGGAGGGAGCCAACGAGGUGGUGGUCUUCGAGCAGUACACAGCUGCCUCCGAGAUUGUCUUCAGUGACGUGCCCAUCUUGCAAUGAGCCAAGGAAAAGCUGUCCAGGGAAGCACAAGACAGACCAGCCUGAGUUCACCAGCUGGUGUUAGUGUUAAUUGAAAUUUAAUGAAGAAAUAUGCAAGA